AAUAUUCCGAUAUAAGCUGCUUGAAACUAGGGUUUUUGUUCGCCGUGAACGCAGAACAGAAAGAGCCUUUUGAGAAUGGAUCCCUUCUCUUCGCCAUCUUCGUCGGGCAUCUCAUCGGGUCAAUCAGUACCGUCAGCCGAUGUUCUCAUGGACCAGCUCAAGACGCAGCUCGCCCAGGCCUACGCCGAAGAGUUCUUCGAGACUGUGCGGAGCAAAUGCUUCACAAAGUGCAUCACGAAGCCCGGAUCAAGCUUGAGUGGAAGCGAGAGCAGUUGCAUCGCCCGUUGUAUGGAGCGCUACAUCGAGGCAACUGGAAUCAUCAGUCGAGCUCUCUUCAACGCGAACCGUUAGCUUUCAAAGCUUCUAGGACCUCUCUAAACACGAGGCGCCUGCAAGAAGAUCAAUCACUUUUUUCUGUGUCAGAAACGCAACAUUUAUCUAGCAAGAAGUCGAACACAAAUUUUGAAACCGUCAAUGUGGUAAUUUAUUAUUUAAUGGAUCAUGCAAGUUCCUUAA